AUGUCGUACUGGUACGUCAAAGAGACUGCAGAUCCGGGCGGCAGCGCCAGCAGCAUGGAGGAGCAAGCUGGUGGCUGUCAACUGCAGCUGCUGUGUUUGGCGGCUCAGAACGGUGACGUGGACGGCGUUCGGUUCUUGCUGCAGGAAGCACGAGUUACGGUUCCACAGGAUCCCAGCAAAGAAAACCCUGCCGUCCUAGCAGCACAUCACGGACAUCAUGUGCUGGUCCGAGAGCUGCUGGACUCCAUACCACGUCCGUGUGUCCGUAAGGAUCUGCUGAACUGGAUGUUGUCUACGGCGUGUCAGCAGGGUCAUCUGGAGGUGGUGAAGCUGCUGGUUCACACGUACAAUGCUGACGCCGAGGACUGCGCGGUUCAUUCAGGAGAGUUUGCCAUCAUCACUGGCUUGCCCCUGUACGCCGCCGCGCAGGCAGGAAAUAAGGAGAUUGCAUGUUUUCUGCUGAACAAUGGAGCCGGUUUCUCCUCAUACACGCUGAUGGAUCACACAGACUUCAGCAGGCAGAUGCUCAGACAGCGCCACUUGCAGGACAAAGACGCGCCUGUGGACGGGACGCUGCUGCAGGCUGUGCACGUUGACUGGUCGGGACUGCAGCUGCCCUGGUUGGAUCUGGACUGGUUCAUGGACGUGUCGUCUCGGAUCACGGUUCUGGAUCUGUCUCGUAACUGUCUGAGCUCGCUGCCGUCUGUGGUGCCCUGGGGUCUGAUUCAUCUGCGCUCGCUCAACCUGUGCCACAAUCAGCUGCGAGAGCUGCCCACCCCGACCUCAUCGCAGGAGAUCAUCUGCAGCCGAUUAUGGCAUGUGAAUGUCUCGGAGAAUGAGCUGGAGUGUCUUCCUCUCGGUCUGCUUCAUCUCGGCCAGUUGAAGAGGAUUUCUGCAGCUAGAAACAAACUCAUCACAAAUGAUGAUAAUCAGAGAUGUUUCACUCCUCAGAAAAUCUGCAAAGCUUCAAACAACCAGAUUGAGUUUCUUCCUGACACCAUCUCCAUCUUCUGGAAGACUCAUCUGAGGGAGGUGGACAUCUCCGAGAACGUCCUGAAGGAGCUGCCCUCGUACAUAUUUGAGCUGGAGGCCAUCGUCUCUCUGAAGUUGUGUGGGAACCAAAUCUCCACUCUGCCCGCUCCAAACAAAUGGAAAUGCUCUUGUCUGCGAACUCUAGACCUGUCCAGAAACCAACUGGGGAAGACGGGAGAGCCGACCAAAACCAGGAAGCUGGCCUUCUUCACUACGUGGCACAGACGGGACCCAGAGCCAGUUUGUCCCAUUCAGUUUCCUGUAAUCUUGCGGGAUUCUCUGGAAGUUCUCUUCCUGAAUGACAACCAGCUGGAGUGUGUGCCGCCGUCAGUGUGUGCCCUCAAGAACCUCUCCGAACUCUAUCUGUCCAAUAAUCCAGGUAUCCAGGAGCUUCCUGUUGAGCUCGGGCAGCUCUCCAACCUCUGGCAGCUGGACAUCGAAGACUUGAACAUCACCAACAUCCUCGCAGACGUCAGGAAGGAUGGUCCGGCUGCGGUUCUGGCGUAUCUGCGAGCGGAGCUGCGAGGAGCAGAGCCUUGCAGACUGCUGAAGCUGAUGGUGGUGGGUCCUCCGCGGCAGGGGAAGAGCGCUCUGCUGGAGGGGCUGCAAACCGGAAAACCCUCAUCCUUCAUCAGCACCGACCGCAGCAUCCACACGUCCAGCUGGGAUCUGGAGCGACCCGGAGGAGUGAAAUCUGCUCUUGAUUCAGUGUCCUUUAACGUGUGGGACAUUGGCGGCCCAGCCAGCAUGUCGACGGUGAACCAGUGUUUCUUCACAGAUAAGGCUCUGUAUAUGGUGAUCUGGAAUCUGGCUUUGGGAGAGGAAGCAGUGGCCAACCUGCAGUCCUGGCUGCUCAAUAUCGAGGCUCGCGCUCCUAACUCUGCUGUCAUCGUCAUCGGGACACAUCUGGACCUCAUAGACACUAAGUUUCGCAUGGAGCGUGUCGCCACACUGAGGGCCUACAUCCUGGCACUUUGCAGAACGCCCUCGGGCGCGCGGGCCAGUGGAUACCCCGACAUCACCUUGAAACACCUACAUGAAGUGUCGUGUAAGACGCUGGAAGGCAUGGACGUACUCAAGAGGCUGUUGUUUCAGGUCGCUUGCUCCAUGAAGGAUGUCAGCAACCCUGCUAGCUGUCACAAACUAGUGGGAAGACUGAUUCCCAAAAGUUACCUGACCCUGCAGGAGGCCAUAAAAGCAGAAUGUCUGAGGAGAGACGAAGCCGAUGAGGUUCAGUACCUGACGGACUCAGAACUGGAGCAGAUCAUCGAGCAGAGUCCCGCCAGCGAUAUCAAAGACUAUGAGGAUCUGCAGACCGCGAUCAGUUUCCUCAUCGAGACCGGCACUAUACUGCAUUUCUCCGACACCAGUCAUGGCCUGUGUAAGCUCUACUUCCUGGACGCCGUGUGGCUGUCCGAGUGUUUGGAGCGGAUCAUCAACCUGAGGGGCUCGCGCUCCGUCGCCCGUAACGGGGUCAUCAAGGCCGAGGACCUGCGCAUGCUGCUGGUGGGCACCGGCUUCACCCAGCAAACAGAAGAACAGUACUUCCAGUUCCUGGCCAAGUUUGAGAUCGCUCUACCAGUCGCCAGCAGCAGUUAUCUGUUGCCCCACCUUUUGCCCCCCAAACCUGCCCUGGACAUCCACGGCUUUCGGCACCAGAGCAACAAUGCCAUCCAGCGGCAUUUCAAGAUGAGCUUCGUUCCUGCGGGAUUCUGGGAGCGUUUUAUAGCCAGGAUGCUAAUCAGUUUAAACCAGAUGGACGUGCAGGCAUUUGAGACCAAAAAGCCCACAAAGAACCAGAGGAGCCGCAGUACGGUGAUCUACAGCUUUGCGGGGAACCAGCAGCGCAAUCGCUGCAGCACCUUCCGUGUCCGGCGCAGUCAGACCAUCUACUGGAAAGAAGGGCUGCUAGUCACCUUUGAUGGCGGAUAUCUGAGCGUCGAGUCGUCUGACCUGAACUGGAAGAAAAAGAAAAGCGGAGGCAUCAAGAUUAUCUGCCAGUCGGAGACGAGGGAUUUCUCAGCGAUGGCUUUCAUCACGGAUCACGUUAACGCUCUCAUAGAGCAGUGGUUUCCUGCACUGACGGGCAGUGAGAGCGACGGCUCUCGUCUCAUUGAGCAGUAUGCGCCCUGUCCGUACUGCAGCUCUGGACCCCGGCUGUCCGACCCGCUGCCUCUGUCCAGCUCCAACCACAGCACUGUCCACUACUUCAACAUGGAGGACUGCGUGCUGGCAGCCGUAGACAAGGAGCACAUCAGCUGCCCCAACCACCCCAAACAGCCCGUCCCUCUACAGGAGCUGGUGCCCGAGCUCUUCAUGACCGACUUCCCUUCACGUUUGUUCCUGUUGAAGAGUGACCUGCAGUGGAGUGAAGAUGCAGCAGAUGUCCUGGGACAGGGUGGCAGCGGCACCAUCAUCUACAGAGCCAAAUACAGAGGCCAUCCGGUGGCCAUUAAACGCUUCCACUUCAAGAAAUGCAAACAGCAGUCGCUCAACAGCAGCACAGACACCAUGAUGAAGCACCUGCAGUCGAUGGAUGCGGCCCGCAGCUUCUCUGAGUUUCGUCAGGAGGCCAGCAUGCUCCACUCCCUGCAGCACCCGUGUAUUGUGGCUCUGGUGGGCAUCAGCAUCCACCCGCUCUGCUUCUCCCUGCAGCUGGCACCGCUGGGCAGCCUCAACACCAUCCUGGAGGAGCGAGCCAAAGGUUCUCAGUUUGUGCCGCUGGGUCACAUGCUCACCUUCAAAGUGGCCUAUCAGAUCGUCACGGGCCUGGCGUAUCUGCACAAGAAGAACAUCAUCUUCUGUGACCUCAAGUCCGACAACAUCCUGGUGUGGUCUCUGGAGCUGGAGGACUCCGUCAACGUCAAGCUGUCCGACUACGGCAUCUCGCGCCAGUCCUUCCACGAAGGAGCGCUGGGGGUCGAGGGCACACCCGGCUACCAGGCUCCCGAGAUCCGGCCCGGCAUCGUCUAUGAUGAGAAGGUGGACAUGUUCUCGUACGGCAUGGUCCUGUAUGAGCUGCUGUCCGGCCGCAGACCGUGCAUGGGUCAGCACCAGCUGCAGAUCGCUAAGAAGCUGUCGAAAGGGCUCAGACCGGCACUGGGCAGCCCAGAGGAGGUGCAGUUUCACUGCCUGCAGGCGCUGAUGCAGGAGUGCUGGGACACCAAACCAGAGAAGCGUCCCCUGGCCGCUCCUCUCAUGAGACAGAUGCAGGAUCCCAGUUUUGCUUGUCUGAGGUACCUGCUGCCCUGCCAGGAACACAGCCAGCUCUUCUUGUCUCCGCUGCAGGGACACAACGCCGUCUUCUGGGAUGGAGACAAAGACGACAGGAAUUACACGGUGGUAAACUUGUCCAAGGGGCAGGUGGAGGUGAAGCGGAUGCCGUGUCCGGGAACACGUCUGAGCUGCCAAAUGAAGAUGGAGAACAGUUUGUGGACAGCCACUGAGGAACAGGAAGUCUUUAUCUACAACCUGAAAAUCUUCUUUUCUCUCCCGCAGGUGUUUGCUGGCAUGUCUGACGGUCUCGUGGUGGUUUACUCUCUGGUGGACGACAUGCCCGUGGAAGGGGAGACUUACAUCUGCUCGCACACGAUCAACAAGCAUCUGCUGAACAUGGAUGACUCGGACCCUCGGCAGCGUCCGUAUGCCGUGCGCAGCAUCGUGCCGGUGUGCACCGGGUCAGAGGUGUGGUACAGCAACGGCCCCGGCGUGCUGGUCAUCGACAGCCUGACGCUACAGCCCAUCCGCCGCCUCGAGCCGUAUCUGCCGCCGUCCUGUGUGCGCUGCAUGGUCUCGUCCGCCAGCUGCUGGAAUGACGAGGCCGUCUGGUGUCUGGACGAUCACACCAACACGCUCCUCAUGUAUCACGCCACCAGCUACCAGAUCUGCGCUACGUACAACUGCAGCGACGCCAACCCGCUGCGGGACGUUUUCCCCGUGCAGAGGCCGGCUGGGGUCGUGACCCCUGUGACCCCUGAUCCUGACAUCGACGAAGAGUCUCUUCCGGCUGUCCUGGAGCCACUGAAGGUAAUGGUCACGCACCACGAGGACGCAGGAACGCAGAUCCUGUGCCAGCAGGACUCUCUGGAUUACUGCUCCAUGACGUCCUCCGGCUUCAGCUCGGAGCAGCUGGAUCAGAUCGGCCAUUUCCCUCACGUGGAGCGCUCCAGCUCGGGAGCCCUCAGCUCUCUGACCAGCUCCAGCAGCAUGCUUUUAUCCACGGACUUCGAGGAGGCGGACAGACCGCCAGACGAGCCGGUUUCAGCUGAAGCAUUUGCAUCCAGGAGCGCAACCGAUCCAGAACUGGCGGCUCAAAGCCACACACCAGCGCAGCUGAAGGCCUUGAACAUCAUUCCUGUCAACAGCACCAUCUGGGUGCCCAGGUGUGGAGGAGACAUCAUGGUGAUCGAGGUGCAGGAGCAGGCGGGUGCGCUCAGGGGUCGUGUGAUCGCCGUGUUGACGCCGCCUGGAGUGUCCGAGUACGGGACUCUGGCGGAGGCGGCGCUCGUCGCAAAGGACACCGUUGUGUGCGGCUUCCGUAAAGAAAACAUGGCCUGGUGCCUGGCUGUCUGGAGGAGCUGGGGAGGCCACGAGCUCGAGCUCUUCUACCAGGGAUACGAGGAGCUCGGCCGCUUGGAGAGCAGUCUGAGGAAAAGGAGGUAGCUGUGUAAACGUGUGUGUGUGUGUGAGACGGAGAACACAGAUACAGGUGUUGAGCGUGGUUACGGGACCAACUGGAGGGAAUAAACACACACAUACACAUACUGUAUAUGGACUUGAGGAAAUAUAAUCCUGCAGGACUUGGCCACAUACACAUUUCAUAUAUAUAUAUAUAUAUAUAUAUAUAUAUAUAAACACAAGCAGAUUGAAUGCCACACAUGCCGGAUGCAUAAACAUAUAUAUUCAGCCUCAAGCGUUUGGAAGUGCGCUGAUAUAUGAGUAAAUUUACAUUUGUGUUCCCAGAAUGCAUCAGAAUUCACAAAACUAAGGGGUUUUGCAUUCAUGAACCUGUGUGUAUGUGUGUGUUUAAAUGGCAAGAAAGAGAUUUAUGAGGUGUGAUGCUGGUUAUUUGACUUGAUCAACAUUGUCUCAAAUUAAUCAGCAAACUAGACGUGCCUUUGAUGAAGGAUGUGCUGUUUUAGACCCACGAUAAGACGAGAAUCAAUGAAACUGCUUGGGAAGCUCCGCCCACACAGUGAGGUCAUAAUGGAGUGGAACAGUUCCGGAAGUAUUUUUCCCAUUCAUUUUUUCCCAUAGGGAUUUUAAAACGUCU